AUGCCGUGCAGGCAGCGUGUCAGCUGUGCAGCUGUGGAGGAACGGACGCAGCAGGGGCGCACGUCUUUGAUCCCUGAGACCCUGCGGGAGCUGGCUGAGGACAGGGAGCAGCAGGCUCUCGUGCAGAGGCUGCAGCAGGAAGGCCAAGCCAGCCUGUCAAGAGAGGAGCGCCGGAAGCGACAGAGGUCCCUGGACAGUAUCGGCGCUCCUCCAUUCCAAUCCGUGCUCAAAGAGGCAGGGGUGCGUGCACUGAGGCGGGACCCCGCAACAACGCUGCAGCUGAACAUCGGCCUCUACUGCAACCAGGCCUGCUCGCACUGCCACGUGGAGAGCUCCCCCCUGCGUAAGGAGACCAUGGACAGGGAAACUGCCCAGGCCUGCAUGCGGCUUCUGGCUGCCAGCAGCGGCAGCGUCCGCACCCUGGACCUCACCGGGGGCGCACCUGAACUCAACCCACAAUUCAGGUUUCUUGUGACAGAGGCAAGGGCGCUCGGAGUGGAGAUCAUAGACCGCUGCAACCUGACGGUCCUGCAGGAGCCUGGGCAGGAGGACCUCGUAGAGUUUUUGGCUGCAAACCAGGUUCGGGUGGUGGCGUCGAUGCCGUGCUACAGCGAAGGUAACGUGGACGAGCAGCGCGGCCGCGGCGUUUUUGAGCGCAGCAUAGCCGGCCUGCGCGCACUCAAUGCGGCCGGCUAUGGCAUUCCCGGCUCCAGUCUUACAUUGGAUCUGGUGUACAAUCCAAAUGGGGCGUUCCUGGCGCCGCCCCAACAGCAGCUGCAGGAGGCGUACAAGGCGGAGUUGGCGGAAGCGUACGGCAUAAGCUUCAACGGCCUGCUGUGCCUGAACAACAUGCCAAUAAAGCGCUAUGUGGACUACCUGCAGCGAAAGGGGCAGCUGGCCGAUUACAUGCAGCUGCUGCUGGGAAGCUUCAACGCAGCUGCCGCCGAGGCCGUCAUGUGCCGCGGCACCGUCAGCGUCGGCUGGGACGGCCGCGUCUACGACUGCGACUUCAACCAGCAGCUCGAGCUUGGCCUCAGGUUGCCUGGGCGGAAGCAGGACUUUGUGACUGUGUUUGACAUUCAGAGCUUGGACGAGCUGACGGGGGUGCCCAUUGCAUGCGAUAACCACUGCUUUGGAUGCACUGCCGGAUCAGGCUCCAGCUGCCAAGGAGCCACUGCUUAAUGCAUGGAAUAUCACUGAAUGCUAGACUUCCAUAUCUAAGUUUUCAUGAACAUCCUGAAACCGUCCAAAUAGAUUACAUGCGGUUUUAUGUUGUUUGUAAUGCCAAUAUCUUGGCAGCGUCACAUGGACGUGAUGAAUGGAGGUGUAAAGUAAUUGAAGUC